GUUUUUCCCCUGUUGAUACCGAUUCACACAAGUGAAGUACACUAUGUGAUCUCUCCUUUUCCAGUAAUGGGUGGAAACAUGCUGAUGGGAGCAGGUCUAUAUUUCAGCGUUCUUCUCCAUUUGCUUUGUUGUUGUGCAGCUGAAGACCCGGCUGCGGAGCCAUAUCAAGAUGUCUAUGACAAGGACAUGACAACAAUUCCUGAAAUCCUGAAAGACGGAAGCAAAGAGGUCUUUUUUAUUGGCAGUCAGAUUGGGGUCAUACCAAAAGGAGCAUUUUCCAAAAACCCUCAACUAGAGAAAGUGGAAUUUCUUGGUACACCAACAUUCUCUAUCGAGGAAGGUGCAUUUGAAGGUUUAGAGAAGCUGGCUCUCAUUGAGAUUUCAGGAACAAAUCUGACAUCACUACCCACUGGAGUUUUUAAAGAUCUUAACAACCUUAAUACUUUAAUUCUGAAAGGAAACAAGAUCCAGAGGUUAGAAAGGGGACUAUUUGAUGGCAUCAAGACUCUUGAAAAACUGCAGCUGCAUAUGAAUGAGAUUUCAUCGAUUGAAGAGGGAACAUUUGAUGACCUGGAGAAUCUCCAAGAGCUUCAUCUUGCUAAGAACAACCUCAUGUCUGUUUCAACAUCUCUUUUCUCCAAUCUCAAGAAACUGCAAGUUUUUAGGAUCUAUGACAACCAGGUGACGUCUAUGCCAGACGGAAUUUUUGAUAAUCUCCAGAACCUGAAGGAAAUUUCUCUAUAUGGCAACAGAAUCACACGCAUACAACCAAAUCUGUUCCCACAUAAAAACAAGUUGAUAAAAUUGUUUCUGAACGAUAAUCUCUUAACUGAGCUGCCACCUGAACUAUUUGUGGAUUUCUCUGCACUCAAAACGUUAACUCUGCAUCACAAUCAGCUCACCAGUCUCCCCCCUGUCCUUUUUGGAGAAAUGCCAAAAAUGACUGAAUUGGGUCUCAACAACAAUAACCUUACAAGCUUACCUGCCAGGGUUUUUAGCCCAUUGAAGAAGCUUAAGAAGUUAGACCUGUCCUCUAAUCACUUUUCACAUCUCUCUGGAGAAUUUUUUGAGGGGAUGGAGAAACUUUCUGAGCUUAAUCUUCAGAAAAACAUAAUUGAAUCAUUGAAAUCAGAUGACUUUGCACAACUAACGUCCCUUUCAACACUCAAUCUGGCUAAAAACAACCUGAGAAGCCUUCCAGAAGAUGUUUUUGAUUCUCUUCCAAAACUCAGUAAGGUGUAUCUGAAUGACAACCCUUGGCACUGCGACUGCAACUUGCUGUCAUUCUACACGUGGAUGAAAGCAAACAAGGACAAACUACGCCCUCCCUCUCCAGACGGUGCACGCUGUGAGUAUCCUGUGGAUUUGAGAGGUCAGACAAUUCUUUCUUUAACAGUGGAUCAACUCAUAUGUCCUACAACUUUGCUGACCACCACUCUGCUUACAACAACUACUCCUACAACCACAACUGUGCCUUCAACAGUGCCAACAACUCUGCCAACAACCACAACAACACUGCCAACAACCACACCAUCCCUGACAACAACCACACCAUCCCUGACAACAACCACAACAACCCUGCCAACAACCACACCAUCCCUGACAACAACCACACCAUCCCUGACAACAACCACAACGACCCUGCCAACAACCACAACAACCCUGCCAACAACCACACCAUCGCUGACAACAACCAUAACAACUCUGCCAACAACCACACCAUCCCUGACAACAACCACAACUCUUCCGACCACUACAACUGAGGCUACAACAAACACUAUUACAACGCAGUUCACCACACAGUCACCAACAACCUCACUGCCAACAACCGCUCCACCUACCACCAACCUAGAAACCACUCAGGUUACAAAUCUACUUAAAACUACAGCAACACCAUCCAAGCAAACUUCAACAAUCCUAACAACUACUGCAACAACCACAGUGCCCACCACUACCGCAACAACCAUACUAGCCACUACUGCAGCAAUGACCACAGUACUCAUCAGUGCGGAAAUGAGCACAGUUCCUCCCCCUACAGAAGUGACCACAGAACUCACUACAACUGUAACAACCACAGCACGACUCACUACACCAAUGAACACAGCACGAACCAAGACAGACAGAGUCUUGUCAUAUAAGAUUUUGAUGAUUUCCUGUGGAAACAUGCUGAUGGGAGCAGGUCUAUACUUCAGCAUUCUUCUCCAUUUGCUUUGUUGUUGUGCAGCUGAAGACCCUGCUGCGGAGCCAUAUCAAGAUGUCUAUGACAAGGACAGAACAACAAUUCCUGAAAUCCUGAAAGACGGAAGCAAAGAGGUCUUUUUUAUUGGCAGUCAGAUUGGGGUCAUACCAAAAGGAGCAUUUUCCAAAAACCCUCAACUAGAGAAAGUGGAAUUUCUUGGUACACCAACAUUCUCUAUCGAGGAAGGUGCAUUUGAAGGUUUAGAGAAGCUGGCUCUCAUUGAGAUUUCAGGAACAAAUCUGACAUCACUACCCACUGGAGUUUUUAAAGAUCUUAACAACCUUAAUACUUUAAUUCUGAAAGGAAACAAGAUCCAGAGGUUAGAAAGGGGACUAUUUGAUGGCAUCAAGACUCUUGAAAAACUGCAGCUGCAUAUGAAUGAGAUUUCAUCGAUUGAAGAGGGAACAUUUGAUGACCUGGAGAAUCUCCAAGAGCUUCAUCUUGCUAAGAACAACCUCACGUCUGUUUCAACAUCUCUUUUCUCCAAUCUCAAGAAACUGCAGGUUUUUAGGAUCUAUGACAACCAGGUGACGUCUAUGCCAGACGGAAUUUUUGAUAAUCUCCAGAACCUGAAGGAAAUUUCUCUAUAUGGCAACAGAAUCACACGCAUACAACCAAAUCUGUUCCCACAUAAAAACAAGUUGAUAAAAUUGUUUCUGAACGAUAAUCUCUUAACUGAGCUGCCACCUGAACUAUUUGUGGAUUUCUCUGCACUCAAAACGUUAACUCUGCAUCACAAUCAGCUCACCAGUCUGCCCCCUGUCCUUUUUGGAGAAAUGCCAAAAAUGACUGAAUUGAGUCUCAACAACAAUAACCUUACAAGCUUACCUGCCAGGGUUUUUAGCCCAUUGAAGAAGCUUAAGAAGUUAGACCUGUCCUCUAAUCACUUUUCACAUCUCUCUGGAGAAUUUUUUGAGGGGAUGGAGAAACUUUCUGAGCUUAAUCUUCAGAAAAACAUAAUUGAGUCAUUGAAAUCAGAUGACUUUGCACAACUAACGUCCCUUUCAACACUCAAUCUGGCUAAAAACAACCUGAGAAGCCUUCCAGAAGAUGUUUUUGAUUCUCUUCCAAAACUCAGUAAGGUGUAUCUGAAUGACAACCCUUGGCACUGCAACUGCAACUUGCUGUCAUUCUACACGUGGAUGAAAGCAAACAAGGACAAACUACGCCCUCCCUCUCCAGACGGUGCACGCUGUGAGUAUCCUGUGGAUUUGAGAGGUCAGACAAUUCUUUCUUUAACAGCGGAUCAACUCAUAUGUCCUACAACUUUGCUGACCACCACUCUGCUUACAACAACUACUCCUACAACCACAACUGUGCCUUCAACAGUGCCAACAACUCUGCCAACAACCACAACAACCCUGCCAACAACCACAACAACCCUGCCAACAACCCUGCCAACAACCACAACAACUCUGCCAACAACCACAACAACCCUGCCAACAACCACAACAACUCUGCCAACAACCACAACAACCCUGCCAACAACCACAACAACCCUGCCAACAACCACAACUCUUCCAACCACUACAACAACUUCAACAACCACUAUUAUGACAACACAGAUCACCACACAGUCACCAACAACCACAUUACCACCAACUACAACUUUGACCACAACUCCACUUACCACCACCCCAGAAACCACUCAGCUUACAACUUUACUUGAAACUACAGUACCACCAUCCACCACUACAGCUUCCACAACAAUUCUUAUCACAACUACACCAAUCCGAACAACGACUGCAACAACCACACUGCCGACAACGACCACAAUACCCACCACUACAGCAACAACCACAGUACCCACUACUACGGCAAUGACCACAGUGCCCACCACUACAGUAAUAACUACAGUACCCACCACUACAGCAAUGACCACAGUACCUACCACUACAGCAACGACCACAGCUCCCACCACUACAGCAACGACCACAGUACCUACCACUACAGUAACAACCACAGUACCCACUACUACAGCAAUGACCACAGUGCCCACCACUACAGUAAUAACUACAGUACCCACCACUACAGCAACGACCACAACACCAAUUACUACAGAGCCAACAACAACUACUCAUCUGACUACAAUCAUCAGCACCACUAGGGAAACAACGCCAGUCUCCAGCACCCCCAGCACUUUCAUCUGUUCUGGGUUCCACGACCCUCAGCAUCAAGCCAUCUACUCCACCCCUCGAGCUGAUAAAGCCUUAUCAUGUAAAGCUCUGAUGAUUUCUUAUACUGUAAUGUUAUUGCUAGAGAUCUUCUGUACGGUGGUAUUGGCCAAGUUCACAUAUUCCCUGUACUGUUCUCUCGAGGAGAAAGAAAGAUUCUACACUCGAGUCAACCUGACCCGCUUCUCCUACAAAAAAUCCAUUAUUCUGAGACCGGUCCAGGAGAUUGAGACUGUGGCUUUAUAAGAGAAUCCAUAAACUGUCAGUGUUGAUAACAAUGAUACUUUAGAAAGAAGAGGCACAUUAUGAGUACGUGACCUGGACAACACAUUUUGAAGAAAUAACUGCAAGUCGAACACAAGUAUAUUAGCAAGGGGACGUCUCCUCAGGUAUUUUAGAUUGUUAAGCAGGUGUUAACGUAGUGCUAGUGUUAUGCUAGAUAACUGUCGUCCUUAACUGUCUAAGGCUAUUGGUUCAUUCUGCUUAGACUAUCUGGAUGUUCGUGUUAAGCCAACAUGUACAUUCCAGAUGCUGAUUUCAGUUCAGACUGUCUUCUCUUAUGAAUAUUUCAAGUAAAUCUAUGUGCCCUAGUUUUUAAGCUUUACCUUCCUAUCUUUGCCUAAUGUUAUCAAUUCCAUGUUCCCUUAAUGCUUGUUAUUACAGUUAUUAAGUAUGUUGUAACCAUUAAAUAUGUAAAUUGUGUUAAUUAGUAAUAAUAUCUUUCUGAAGUAUUAUUUUUGUUGUUUUAAUUAAAUUUAAGAACUGCUCUGUUAAUUUCCUUCACAAUAUUUUAGCUGAGAUCUUUUGUUAUUGAAUUUUUCUGAUUUCCUUUUUUGAACUGAUAUUAGAGCAGAGCGAGGUGCAAACUAACAAGGGUUAAAAUCCAACAUGAAUAUUUUAUAUAUAACACAGAGUUAUACAAGUUUAAGUAAGACAUGCUUUUAGUCAUAUUCUCAUAUUCCCACAGCAACAUCAUUGCGAAUUUUGACAGCAAUACAGCAGAUAGUUUCGUACCAAAAAAGCAACUUUUUUCAUCAUAACUGGUUUUUGAUUGUGUGUAUAAGUUACAGAAUCCAUGCCUGUACUAUUUGGUUCACCUUUUUGGCAGCUGUAAUAUAGCACAAUUCUGAAGCAUGUAAACAACUCCCAGUGACACACAGCAAAUAAAUUUGCCACGUUUGAUAGACUUUUAUUCACAUUAUAUACGCUACCACUAGGCACCAUUAUCAGUAAACACGGCAUAAACUUCCACUGCUAUGCCGAUGACACUCAGUU